GUGAGGCUAACAUGCGCCUAUAGUGUUGUGUUAGUCUCUACAUUGGCUUUUUAGCACAGAAUAGGUGAUAUUUCCUAUAUAUUUCCUGUGCACCAUCUUAGCGUUCAGUCUCGGCAACUUCCACUCUUAGCAACCCAUCAGAGCUUCUCUCUCAACACUCUCACUCUCUCACAUUCUCUCGAUCAUUCGUUUUUGUGCAUGCUGUCAAAUAUGAACCGGAAGAAAUCACAGCCUUCUUAUUUGAGUGGGAGUGGGACUUUUCCUUUCACUCCAAAUUCAUCGGUCAGCAGCAGAAAUCUGAACAAGAACCAACUAGGUGGAGUCAUUUUUGGCUGCAAGAGCUGUACAUACCAUGAAUGUUUAAACAAAAACCUCUUUGGCUUACCAGCAGGACACUUCUCUUAUGUAAGGAACAUUGAGCCAGGGCUGCCUCUUUUUCUGUUUAACUAUACCGACCGGAAGCUUCAUGGAAUUUUCCUGGCAGCUAGCCGUGGGAAAAUGAUGAUGGACCCUUAUGCAUGGAGUAGUAGUAAUGGUGGUUCAGAUCUAAGUAAAACACAAUUUCCUGCACAGGUGCAAAUUCGUGUACAACGUAAGUGCGAUCCACUAUCCGAAGAUACGUUUAGACCUGUAAUUGAAGAUAACUACUACACAAAUGCUCAUUUCUGGUUUGAGCUUGACCAUGUUCAAGUACAGAAACUGAUUUGCUUAAUGACACCCUUAUCAACCAUUUCCCAUGGUAUACCUGCCGCUGCCCCUGCCCCUGCCCCUCCCCCACAAAAUAAAAAAUGGACAACUUUGUUUCAACCUUCUCCACCGCAUGGACCUUCAAGUGAAAGUGAGCAAUUUGAAAUGCAUGACUCAGGGUUAGAGCAUCAUUCUGAUCACUCAAUUGCAAGAUCAGAUUCCACUGAAAAUGAUUUUGCUUUAAAUGGAUACAUCCAACCAUUGGAUACCCAUACAGGUGAGAAUGAAGUAAAACAGGAUGAGAAGAGCCUUAUAUGUAUAAAACUAAAGGAAUUGGCUCUUAACCGUGAAAGUCAAAAUCUCUCUUUGCCAAACGAUUUGAAUGAUAGUCCUGAUGCUGAUGCGAAUAACAUCUACUCCAUGGGGAAGAAUUUGGAUACACAAGUUGGUUUAGAGAAGGAAGAGGAUCCUAGUUCUCCAUUUGAGUACUCGUACAACUUAGAUCAUGUAGUCCAUAAUGUUUUGGAUACACCAGUUGGUUUAGAGAAGAAAGAAGGUCCAAGUUCUCCAUUUGAGUAUCCAUGCAACAUAGCUCAGCAUCUACAGUUGAUCCAAGAGCUUAUAGAAUUCAAGAAUAAACAAGCUGAGACGAAUUAUUAUGUGGAGCAGAAGCUGAUAGAGGCACAGUUGGAAAUUCAGACUCUUAAAGAUCGUUGUGCAAUACUAGAAUCUGCAUGCAAUAUUCCUCCAACACAUGUUGAGAAGACAGCAAUUAGUUCAUAUGCUGAGAUGGAAUUAGGUCCCAAAGAUUCAUUAUUUUUACUUGGAGGCUAUGAUGGAGAAUCAUGGUUAGCAAGUAUGGAUCUGUAUUGUACUUCUCAGAAUGUCAUCCAAUCUCUCAAGCCUAUGAGCUCUAUUCGUUCAUAUGCUUCAGCUGUACAGUUCAACGGUGAAAUUUUUGUUUUUGGUGGCGGAGAUGGUUAUGUUUGGUAUGACACAGUUGAAUCAUACAAUCCAGUUCAUGACAACUGGACCUUGCGCCCCUCUUUGAACCAGAAAAAAGGAAGCUUGUCCGGAGCUUCUUUGAACAACAGAAUAUUUGCUGUUGGUGGUGGCAAUGGAGUCGACUGCUUUUCAGAUGUUGAGAUGUUUGAUUUAGACAUUGGGCGGUGGAUCCCUACACGUUCAAUGCUAGACAAGAGAUUUGCUCUUGCUGCUGCAGAACUCAAUGGUGCGCUUUAUGCUACUGGUGGAUAUGACGGAAAUGAUUAUUUAAAAUCUGCUGAGAGAUUUGAUCCCAGGGAACAUUCAUGGGCCAAAUUACCAAACAUGAAUACAAAACGGGGCUGCCACUCGUUAGUUGUUCUCAAUGAAAAUUUAUACGCACUAGGCGGCUUUGAUGGAAACAAAAUGAUUCCAAAUGUUGAUGUGUUUGAUCCUCGUCUCGGAGCAUGGAUGAUGGGAGAACCCAUGAAUCAUCAAAGGGGUUAUUUUGCUGCUGCUGUUGUCAAAGAAUCUAUUUAUGUGAUUGGGGGAGUUGAAGUAGCUGACAAUUUUGUAUAUACAGUUGAGAAUUAUAAGGAAGGUCAGGGAUGGAAGGAAAUUUACACAGCAGCACCUAUAAAAAGGUGUUUCUUGUCAGCUAUUGCCUCCAGCCAUGAGUGACAGAAGGUAGUCAUAUAGACUAUAGAGGCUCUUCAUGGCGGCCAUUGUUUUUUUUUGUAAAGUCAUAGGGUAGAGAUAAUUUGACUUAUCCUGACUGCUUAUUAUGUGUACUGGUCCGAGACAUUAAAAUCCGUUAUAAUAUAUGAUUUCUAAAGUGCGUAUUAUUAUAUUAUCACUACAACAACCCACUUUGUAUAUUUUUGCCACAUUAGAUCGUGUACCCGUGCAAUACACGAGUCAUUAUCUAGUUAUCCAACGUGAAAUAUAUAUACACACCUCUUCAUUCUUUUUCCACCUUCAUUUUUUAUCUAUUUCUCUUUUCUCUAUCAACCAAAUCACCUAUCAUAUCUUUACCUUUCUCUUAUUUCUUCCUAUCU